GCAGCAGGAAGAGGAGAGUGAAAACCGCGAAGAGUUCAGAAAAUUGCUUCAUUACUUCUUUCCAACCUGCUGGCUGCAGAAUAAGAGGAAGUUUUUGCAGGAACUUGGACACCUCACAGGGGGGGAAUGGCAGCUCGGUGAGAGGAGCGGACUUCCUCUGCCUCCAUCCCCAGCGUUGGAUUCGUAAACUGCACCACAGGGAAGCUGUGAGCGGGCUUUGAUCUGAAAGUGCUGCUGCAGCUGUCGGUGUUGCACCUGGAGACCCCUGUCCUACUCUGGCCCCGCUCAGCCAGCUGUGUCCCGGGUCAGACAGGAUGACGGGGUGUGCCAAGCGCUGCAAACAGGGACUCGUCAAAUUUGCCUCGACUCUUCACAAACUGGUCACCGGGACUCUCAUCAAAGACAAAGCCGACGAUGACUUGGAGAUGACCAUCGUGUGCCAUCGGCCGGAGGGCCUCGACCAGCUCGAAGCUCAAACCAACUUCAAUAAAAGAGAGCUCCAAGUUCUCUACCGGGGCUUCAAGAACGAAUGUCCCAGUGGAGUUGUUAACGAGGAAACCUUCAAGCAAAUCUACUCACAGUUUUUUCCACAUGGGGACGCCAGCACUUACGCUCACUACCUGUUCAAUGCUUUUGACACCGGCAACACAGGAUCAAUAAAGUUUGAGGACUUUGUUACAGCUUUAUCCAUCCUCCUAAGAGGUUCUGUCACAGAGAAACUCCAGUGGACCUUUAAUCUCUACGACAUCAACAGAGAUGGAUACAUCAACAAAGAGGAGAUGACAGACAUCGUCAGAGCAAUAUAUGACAUGAUGGGGAAAUACACAUACCCUGUCCUGAAAACUGAUGCACCCAAACAACAUGUGGAUGCCUUCUUCCAAAAAAUGGACAAAAAUCGAGACGGUGUCGUCACGCUUGAUGAAUUCCUCUUUUCUUGUCAAGAGGAUGAAAACAUCAUGAGGUCUCUGCAGCUUUUUGAAAAUGUCAUCUAAAUGGCAAAUGCCAGGAGGGGGGUGGAGCAACAGAUGAAAACACAGAGCAAGAGACGAGGGAAGAAAAAGGAUAAGGAGAAUGAAAGACGGACAAGAGUUUGCAGGAGUAAAAAAACAUCAAAACCUCAGAGAGAAGCGAAACAAGGAGCUUUAACUGCCACUUUGGGUUUAGAAAUGUAUCUCUGGAGAACAAACCUUCACUGGUUUUUGAAAUCGUCUUUCAGAUUCAUUUGGUCUUUCUCUGAGUGUCUACCUCGUCUCUGUCUCCUUCAUUUGUCACUGUUGUGGCUGACUUUCAGCUUGGACUGUAUUUUGUUGUUUUUUUGGGUUUUUUUCUUUUUUUGCCAAUGUGUAAAUAUGCAGCCAGUCUCUCCUUUGGGCCAGUCUGUCUCUUUGUUUUGAACUAAAAAGCAGCUUACAGGUGUAUCUCCUAAGCAACAGUCUGUUUACAGCAUAAUUUCACGUAACAGUGCAGCAAAAAACAGUUUAUGAAGCAUGUAGGGCAGAUGCCCACGUUAUACUGUAUUUAGUGUGUAUUUGCAAAGUUGUGGGCAGAAUAUUUUGUCUUAAUGCUUACAUUUGAGAACACAUAACUUUGCAGUGCUGAACUAAGUGUCCGUUAAGACAUCGUAAGUCAGUUCCUGAGCGUUGUAACAACUAAGCUGUGUUAUAUAGGUAUUUAAUUGUUUUUGUGGCUCUUUCUUACUGUCUGAUGUCUGUCUGUGUUUCUUACUCUGAUACCUGUCUGUCCUGUUGUCUGAGUGGCUAUAACUCUGUAAUUAUGCUGCCUGUCUCGAUAUCUGCUGAAUAAAGAGCUCAUCAGUCGGCUUCCAGAUAGAGAGCAACACAUA